AGUAGGCCUAACCGGUAGUAUUAAAAACAACACUGUUUGUUGUGGUGGAACACCACGCUCUCUAUUUCCUAGUGUUGUAGUCUAUCGAACAAGAGUCGCAAAACAAGUCAUGGGCAAACGCAAGAGAUCAGAUGUGGACCAAUCAAUUGACGAAAGUGAAAAUGAUGUGAGCAUCUCUAAGCAACCCAAAAUCAGCUGGGAGGAGAAAGUCAAACAUUUAAGUCCAAUCGCCAGCCCAUUGGCCUCCAAGAAAUUAACAAAAAGACUUUACAAAAUGAUUAGUAAAGCCAAGGCAAACAAUGCCCUACACAAAGGAAUCAAAGAUGUCCAAAAGCGUUUACGAAAGGGAGAUAAGGGGAUUGUCAUUUUAGCUGGGGAUGUGAGUCCAUAUGACAUCAUUUCACAUAUUCCCAUAGUCUGUGAGGAAGGGGAAAUUCCAUAUUGCUACACACCUUCAAAAUCUGAACUUGGUGAAUCUUACGGCACAAAACGACAAGCAUGUGUGGUGCUAAUUAAACAUCAUGACGGCUUUAAAGAUCUGUUUGAGGAAUGCAAGGCAAAGAUUGGUGAAAUACCAACAUCAUACUAAAAACAUAAUUUUUAAAACUUGUAUCAAUAAAUAUAAAUUCAAC